GUAGGAGGUUCUGGGUGACUUUGAGCGUCGGCACAGGUUGGGUGCAGAAGAAGCUGCUUGAUCUUGGGCCCCGCAGAGUUAUUUUUAUCGCUUUUGGGGCCGGAGCCCUCAGUUGCAAACAUGCUCCGCCAGAUCAUCGGUCAGGCCAAGAAGCAUCCAAGCUUGAUUCCCCUCUUCGUAUUUAUUGGAGCAGGAGGGACUGGAGCAGCACUGUAUGUGAUGCGUCUGGCAUUGUUCAAUCCAGAUGUCAGUUGGGACAGGAAGAAUAACCCAGAACCCUGGAACAAACUGGGUCCCAAUGAUCAAUACAAGUUCUACUCAGUGAAUGUGGAUUACAGCAAACUGAAGAAAGAAGGUCCAGACUUCUAACUGAAAUAUUUCACUAUAAAGCUGCUUAGAAUGAAGGUCUUUAAGAAGCCAUCCGCACAGUUUUCCACUUAACCAGGAAAUACUUCCCCUUUAAAUGCAUGAAAUCAUGUUGAUUUAUUAGAGUUUAUUACACUGAUGAAUAAAUCUGUGAAACUUGA